AUGAAGACAAAUAUUAUCAAUACGUGGCACUCCUUCAUAAAUAUUCCCAAUGUGAUUGUACCAGCUAUUGAAAAGGAAAUCCGACGGAUGGAAAAUGGAGCGUGCAGCUCAUUUUCUGAUGAUGAUAAUGGCUCUCUGUCUGAAGAAUCAGAGAAUGAGGACUCUCUCUUCAGAAGCAACUCAUACAGAAGGCGAGGACCAUCACAGAAGGAGCAAUAUUUGCCAGGCACUAUGGCUCUUUUCAACGUUAACAACAGCAGCAACAAAGAGCAAGAGCCAAAGGAGAAAAAGAAAAAGAAGAAGGAGAAGAAGAGCAAGGCAGAUGAAAAUAAAAAGGACCCAGAGAAGAAAAAGAAGAAGGAAAAGGAAAAGGAGAAGAAAAAGAAGGAGGAGAAAACCAAAGAUAAGAAAGAAGAGGAGAUGAAAGAAGUUGUUGUUAUUGACCCUUCAGGAAACACAUACUACAACUGGCUGUUUUGCAUCACUUUACCUGUGAUGUACAACUGGACAAUGAUUAUUGCAAGAGCAUGUUUUGAUGAACUCCAGUCUGAUUACCUAGAAUACUGGCUCAUUUUUGAUUAUGUAUCAGAUAUAGUCUAUCUGGCUGAUAUGUUUGUACGAACAAGGACAGGUUACCUGGAACAAGGGUUGCUAGUGAAAGACAAACUGAAACUCAUAGAGAAAUACAAAGCAAACCUGCAGUUUAAACUUGACGUUCUGUCAGUGAUACCGACUGAUCUGCUGUAUUUCAAGUUUGGGUGGAACUAUCCAGAAAUCAGGUUAAACCGGCUGUUAAGAAUCUCUCGCAUGUUUGAGUUCUUCCAGAGGACGGAAACAAGGACCAACUACCCGAACAUCUUUAGGAUCUCAAACCUUGUGAUGUACAUCGUCAUCAUCAUCCACUGGAACGCUUGUGUGUACUAUUCCAUCUCAAAAGCUAUUGGGUUUGGGAAUGACACAUGGGUCUACCCUGAUGUUAAUGAUCCUGAGUUCGGCCGUUUGGCUAGAAAAUAUGUCUACAGCCUUUAUUGGUCUACCUUGACUUUGACAACCAUCGGUGAAACUCCACCUCCCGUGCUGGAUUCUGAGUACAUCUUUGUGGUGGUAGACUUCUUAAUUGGAGUUUUAAUUUUUGCCACCAUUGUCGGUAACAUAGGUUCCAUGAUUUCCAAUAUGAAUGCAGCCCGGGCAGAAUUUCAAUCAAGAGUUGAUGCGAUCAAACAGUACAUGAAUUUUCGAAAUGUAAGCAAAGAUAUGGAAAAGAGGGUUAUUAAAUGGUUUGACUACCUGUGGACCAACAAAAAAACAGUUGAUGAGAGAGAAGUCCUGAGAUACCUCCCUGACAAACUAAGGGCAGAAAUUGCCAUCAAUGUUCAUCUCGACACGUUGAAAAAGGUUCGUAUCUUUGCGGACUGUGAAGCUGGUCUGUUGGUGGAGUUGGUGUUGAAGCUACAGCCCCAGGUGUACAGUCCUGGAGAUUACAUAUGCAAGAAGGGGGACAUUGGGCGGGAGAUGUACAUCAUCAAGGAGGGCAAACUUGCUGUGGUGGCAGAUGACGGAAUUACACAGUUUGUGGUGUUGAGUGACGGCAGCUACUUUGGUGAGAUCAGCAUUCUUAAUAUCAAAGGCAGCAAGGCUGGCAACCGUAGGACAGCCAAUAUUAAGAGCAUUGGCUACUCAGACCUGUUCUGCCUCUCCAAAGAUGACCUCAUGGAAGCUCUUACCGAGUACCCAGAUGCCAAAACUAUGUUGGAGGAGAAAGGGAGGCAGAUCUUAAUGAAAGAUGGCCUACUGGAUAUAAACAUUGCGAAUAUGGGCAGUGACCCUAAAGACCUGGAAGAGAAGGUCACUCGAAUGGAAGGAUCAGUGGACCUCCUGCAAACACGAUUUGCCCGCAUCUUGGCUGAAUAUGAGUCGAUGCAGCAGAAACUCAAGCAAAGAUUAACCAAGGUGGAGAAAUUUCUGAAACCGCUCAUUGAAACAGAAUUUUCAGCUCUUGAAGAAGCUGGAGGAGAAAGAGAGCCUACAGAGUCUUUACAGGACUGAAAAGCUGGUCCACAGCAAAACCCAAGCACACUGUGUGAUCCUUGUGAGGGUUUGACCAGAGACAACUGAGA